CUCUCCCUUUCUCACCAGCAUUACUUACUCUCCCUCUCUCACGUGCACUCUCUCCACCCCUUUUCUCUCUCAUCCAUUAGCAGGAAGAACAGAUCGCAGACAGAAGAGCAGAGGCGAGACUACUGAGACAGACACAGCAGAAGAGGAAGAACAGAGAAAAAAAACAUAAAACCAAGAGAAGUAAAGCAACAUGGAUGCAUUUAAGAAAGGACUCAACUUGGCCAAGGACGGAGUGGUGGCCGCCGCAGAGAAGACGAAGGCCGGAGUUGGGGAGGCCGCCAGCAAGACCAAGGAGGGGGUCCUCUAUGUUGGAAACAAGACGAUGGAGGGCGUGGUAACAGGUGUUAACACUGUUGCCCAGAAGACGAAUGAACAAGCCAAUAUUGUUGCCGAUACCGCUGUUAGCGGAGCGAACGAGGUUGCCCAGGUAACAGUGGAGGGGGUUGAGAAUGCAGCGCUGAAGAGUGGUUUUGUCAGCUCGGAGGAGGCAGGACAAGUGGCUGAGGAGACUGACCUCCCAAAAAUAGACGUUGGAGGACAGACUGAUCAGGCUGCACAAUAGAAAAUCCUCCGUCAGACCUGCAAUCACUUCCUGUUGCUACAUGUACCUGUCCAAUGAGAGAAGAGAAACUUAUGCAUUUAUUGCUAUAGCUCAACCAUUUGACCUCUUAUGUUACUUAAUCCUAAAAAGUCUUCAUCUAAUGUUUAACCUAACCUCAUUAAUAUAAUCCUCCUCCUGCUGUUGUUGUACAUCUGCCUCUGCAUCAUACUCCACUGUGCAAAACACUGAUGUCACAACACAUUUUAACUCUCAGAGAUGAAUUUAAUCAGGUUAUAUGCAUCCACAUGCUUUUGGUCCAUGUAGGUUGACAUCACACAGGUCAAGGGUUUACCCUCCUGUUAGUCACCAUGAUGCCGCUCCUUAGACACACCUGAAGCCUUUUCAAUGCAUGUCAAUGUACAGACUCACUCUUAAAAUGCGAGAAAACACACACACACACACACACACACACACCCACCCACACACACACACCCACACAAUCUAAUCUACAAUUAACCCUGUAAUUUAUACACACAACACACACACUUGCAAUUUGUGUUUCUGAUAUUAACUAAGCUUCAGAACUGAUUUUUUUCCCCCUUAAAAAACACAGAAGUGAAAUAAAAAGAAGUUUUAAAUCCA